UUAUCUUGUCUCGUCUUCGUUCCCAGCUCUUCCUUCGAAAGGGUCGCUACUCCGCUGUAGUCUCCUUGCCCGCCUCCUUAUUUUCCUGACUUCUGCUCAAUAAACCAGUGUCGCCCCGCCGUCUGAGCCAUGUCUUUUCUCGGAAACGGCAGAUCCGCUAGGUCUAGCGUAGCCUCGACUCGCCAGCCUUGUGGUUCCAUGCUGUCGACGUUGUUGAAUCACCCGUCGGACGACCUCAUGGGCGUCAUCUUCCGUCUGCUCAGCCAGCAGUCCCCCAGCAGCCUCACCCACGCCUUGGUCUGCAAGCGAUGGCUUCGCCUCGCUUAUCUCUCGCACGCGUGCAUCGCCAUUCGUGCUAGUGGAUAUGCGCCGAUCGCCGCCAACGCCGGCCUCCUUAAAGCCAGGGACCCAAGUUUACCAACUGUAAAACAGUUGGUUGGCUAAAACUACUGAUUGGCCGGCGAGCUGUAGGCAACAAUGAAAUCGCCUGCGAGUGUUGCAAUUCACGCACCCUCGCGACACAAAACCUGGUUUUUCCCAACCAACUGUAAAACACUUGCCCCGGGUUCUAGAAACUUGGGUCCCAUCGCUCUCGAAAUUCAAGAAUCUGACCUCGCUCACGGUAGACAGAUGCGAGCUAGACGAUAAGUGCGAGUUCCUCCGCGGCCUCGGAUCGGCAAUUCCCAAGCUGACUCGUCUUGACCUCUGACUGCUGCUUCCGGUUUGGAUGCAGCCUUUACUGCUUGCACUGGCCUGCAGUCCCUCUCGCUGACCUUGUGUUACGAGGACUCUGUUCUCCCACCAUACUUCUUCAAUCUGUCCUCCUUAAAGCGAGGGUCUCAAGAAGCAAAUUGCGAGCCCAAAACCAAAACCUUUGGAUUUGGUUUUCUGCUUCUUGAGACCCUCGCUUUAACAGAGGUCGACUCUCACGUGGGAUUUUACGAGAUCCCCGAUGAGUUUGGCAAGCUGAUAUGUUUGAAGAAGCUGAUGCUUGACGAGCUUGAAUCCGACGAGCUCCCGGAGUCGAUCUGCCAGCUUACCUGGCUAACCGAGCUGCAGAUAUCACGCUGCGAGCUCCGCCACUUGCCCAGCUCCUUUGGAAACCUCAGCUCGCUUGUCAAACUCAGCAUAUUCUAUUUGGAUCUGCUGGAGGAUCUCCCUGACAGCAUCGGCCGCCUUCAGAACCUUCAAGAGUGCUCGUUGAAGGGCUUUCCGUCAGUCUCCGAGCUACCGGAUUCACUCUUUUCGCUUACUUCCCUGCGGGCUCUUGAGCUCGCCAGUUUAGAAAACGUUCAACGCUUUUCCAGCGCGAUGAGCAACCUCGUUUCUCUCGAGAGCCUUACCAUCAAGAGCCGCGAAAGGUUGUCCCCAUUUUCCCUACGCAACCUUGCUAACCUCCGCUUCUUGACCGUUAGAAUCUGCCCAGCGCUCGGGGAACUUCCGAAGUUCACGGACUGCCUGUCAUCUUUGGAGCAUCUCGAGUUGGGCCAACUCGGUGGCAUCACUCGCCUUCCGAAUACCUUCGCCAGGUUGUCCCAUCUUCGAUUGUUCUCCUUUAACCACUGCAGCGGCGUCUCCAGACUCCCAUCAUCCCUGUUUCAGAAUUGUUGGAGUAGCCUCACAGCUCUUGACUUUGGGUGGCCAUCUGACUGCCCAACCAAUUUCAAUGACGACUUCUUGGACUCCUUGUGCGACCUCUCCAGCCUCUCAAAGCUCUGCCUGUCUGGCCUUCUUGGGCUGAUUGCACUUCCAGAGGCGAUCUACAACCUUCAACAGCUGCGGAAGCUGACUCUGUGUUGCUGCCCUGAAUCGGAAUACGUGUAUUUCAACCGGCAAUGGUUCGGCCUCACUUCACUCCAGAUUAUGACAUGCCCAACGUUCAAGGCGGAGGAUGACUAUGGCACGCCCCACUCUAAAAUUCCAGAUCUGAAGAGUGGAUGCAUCGACGGAAGACCUCUGGGGGGAGGAGCAAUGGGAGUGGGCGAGUGAGAGCGGGAGGACUCAGUGCUGCUCGAAAAUGCGGAGAGGCUGAAGGUCGUGGCGGGGCAUGUUGAUAGCGGAGGUGAAUGUCAACACCUCGUGCCACCUGGGGCUGGGAGGCAUGUCGCCGGAAGCUCCUCUGUGCAAGCAACACAAACCACCAUCACUGCCGCACGGCUGCGGUGCUUCAGCCUCUGCUUCUUGGGCAGUGACCAGCGAGGCAACCUUGCCUGCCGGCCUCUUCCACGUGUCUCGCCUGCUGCCUCUACGUUGCAGCGACUGCAGGUGCCACGUGGCGUGGUGGGGACUGGUGAGGGCGUGUGUGUGUGGUGGAGUGUCUGCGCUGCUGCACCUCCCAUCGCUGGAGCACCACAAUGCUGCCCUGCUUCUGUCGCGCACUCGCCUGCACCAAAUCUUCAGUCUCUCUUCCUUGACAGAGGCCCACUUACACAUGUACCUCGAAGUGCAUCCUGACGAUUUUGGCAGGUUUGAAGAAGCUGACGCUUGACGAGCUGUCGCUCGAGGAGCUGCCCGAAUCGUUUUGCCAGCUGACCCGACUGACCGAGCUGCAGUUAAUUCGCUGCCUAGACCUCUGCCACUUGCCCAACUCCUUUGGAGACCUUUCCACGCUGGUCAAACUCCGCAUGUUCGAUCCGAAUCGUCUGAGGGAUCUCCCUGACAGUAUCAGCUGCCUUCAAAACCUGCAAGAGUGCUCGUUGAACCAUCUGCCGUCAUUCUCCGAGCUCCCGGAUUCAUUCUUUUUGCUUACUACUUCCCUAAAGGUUCUUAAGCUGGUGUCUUUACGUGUUGGUACACGAUUUCCAAGCGCUGUGACUAAUCUUGUUUGUCUCGAGAGCCUCACCAUCAAGGAUUGCAAAAUAGUGACAU